GGUUGCCUACUGAUCCGGAAGUAGCCACAGUAGAUAGCCGGCUAGGAAAAAACUGUUCGCUGCUUCUUUACUCGCACGGUGAGCUUCUGGAAACGUCUUUAGAAAUGUAGAGCUGGGUUGGAGGAAGGUGUGUGUCCAUGUAAGGUUUGGUAUGUCAGCGGAGGUUCCCCGCUCUGCACUGUGGAAGAACAAGACAAGACCUUCCUGUAUCUUGAAGACUUUGCCAUUCGAAUGUCCCAAACAUUGACAGCCAUGAGCAGCAGUGUGGCAGGAGGCGGCAGGCAGCAGCGGACGGUGGUGGGCGAGACCCGGUGGCGCUCUCAGGGACCUUACAUCUCAGUCAUCACCAACAGGACCACCAACCUGCUGAUCCGAGGGGCCUUGCUGUUCUCUGUGGGGGUCUUCCUGGCUCUGGUGCUGAACUUGCUUCAGGUGCAGAGAAAUGUCACCCUCUUCCCCCCAGAUGUCAUCAGCAGCAUCUUCUCGUCGGCCUGGUGGGUGCCCCCCUGCUGCGGGACGGCCUCAGCCAUGAUCGGACUGCUGUACCCCUGCAUCGACCGGCAGCUUGGAGAACCACACAAGUUCAAGCGGGAAUGGUCCAGCGUGAUGCGCUGCGUGGCCGUGUUCGUGGGCAUCAACCACGCCAGUGCAAAAGUGGACUUUGCUAACAACGUCCAGCUGUCUCUGACCCUGGCGGCCCUGUCCAUCGGUCUGUGGUGGACCUUCGACCGCUCCCGCAGCGGCUUCGGCCUGGGAGUCAGCAUCGCCCUGCUGGCCACGCUGACCACCCAGGUCCUGGUUUACAACGGAGUCUUUCAGUAUACGUCGCCAGACUUCCUCUACAUUCGCUCCUGGCUUCCCUGCAUCUUCUUUGCUGGAGUUAUCACCAUGGGAAACAUCGGCCGGCAGCUUGCCUUGUACGAGUACAAGUUUCUUCAGGACAAGAGCCAUCAGGACUGAGGACUGCAAACCAACGUCGCCCACCGUACGGAGCCGACCCUGCUUCAGCCAGUCAGCUCAUGCCAAACAAGCUGUGAGCUCCUGAAGAUGAAGACAGUAUUGUUGCUGAGCUGAGGUGGACGGUGAUGCCGGAGCGUUUAUUCCCUCUGGUCCAGUUCGUCUCCACUGAUUAGCAGCGGAGCAAAUCCCUCCUCAGAUCAGAUCACAGGCUUGAAACCUUUUGUGCCAAAACGUCACCUGAUACCAGCUCUUAUGUCACAUCCUUCAAGUAUCAGAGGAGACUUCCAGGACCAGGAUCUGUGGACCAGACACCAAAUACCAAAACUAGCUCAUGUGAAAUGUUGAAGUGUUUUUUUUUUUUAAUAAAUAUCUGAGGUUGGUGUUGUGAAUGAGUCUGCCGGCACAUAACCGGCAGGUCCAAGGACUCGCGCUGAAAAGCAGCUAUUUGGGACAGGAAGGAGAAGCCAGUCAUCAUUUCAGGAAAACCAACGGUAGUUCAGUCAGCUGCAGGGAAAUGCCUUUGCUGAGCGACGGGGCGUGUUCCUCUGGUGGUGCUGGCUGCACGAGGCUGGCAGGGAGACCGUGGCGUGUCUGGACCUGACCUGCUGAGUGUUUUCCCGGGUGAAGGAGGACUAACCUCUGCAGUGUGUCGCUUUGAGGAAAGUAAGGAUAAAAACAGUGUUUCUCCUCCUGAUAGCUCAGAACACUCUAAACGUUUGAACUGAAAUGUUUUUUUCCUCAUGACGAACUAAAGAUCACACCAUGAACUGUGUGGAAUAAUAUUUGUAUUGAAUAAAACAUGGAGUGUGUAA